AUGCAGUCGGAAGCAUUCCGGUACAUAUAUGACACUGAUGAGAAUUGUGUGAUAAGUUCUCCAACUGGUUCAGGAAAGACUGUACUGUUUGAGUUGGCGAUCUUGCGUCUUUUGAGAGAUAAUAAUUACAGUGCAGAUAACAUUAAAAUUUUAUAUAUUGCCCCUACAAAAUCCUUAUGCUAUGAACAAUCCAAGAAUUGGUCUUCAAAGUUUUUGAACCUUUCAGUAGGAAUGUUAACAAGUGAUACCUCGUAUUCAGAAACUGAUAAAGUUAGAAAUGCGAAUAUAAUAAUCACGACUCCUGAGAAGUGGGAUUUAUUAACUAGAAAAUGGGAAGAUUAUAAGCGUUUGUUUGAAUUAGUUAAAUUGAUUCUUGUGGAUGAAAUACAUAUGCUGAAAGAAAGGCGAGGGUCCGCAUUAGAAGUUGUUCUCACGAGGAUGAAUUAUAUGUAUGAAGAUAUAAGAAUAGUAGCGGUUAGUGCUACAAUUCCAAAUAUAGAAGACGUAUCAGAAUGGCUAAGAUCCGGUAAAAAGUUUGAUAAUCGAGCAGCCAGAGUUCUUAAAUUUGACGACUCAUAUAGACAAGUCCAAUUGGAAAAACACGUCUAUGGAUAUAACAUGUCUGGCAAAAAUGAAUUUCAAAAAGAUUCCGUAUACAAUUCCAAACUAGAUGAAAUAUUAAAUGAACACGGUAAAGGCAGACCAGUCUUGGUAUUUUGUCCAACAAGAGCAUCAACUGUGUCGACUGCGAAGUUUAUUGCAACUCAAUCUUAUGCUAGGUCUGCUUCCAACUCAAAAAAUAUUGUUCAAUUUAAUGACAGUGUCCUUGUUGAUUGCUAUAGAUCAGGUGUUGCGUUUCAUCAUGCUGGAUUAUCCCUUGAAGACAGACGAUUGGUAGAAGAAGAAUUCUUAAAGGGGAAUAUUAUGGUUCUUUGUUCUACCACAACGUUGGCAGUUGGUGUGAAUCUUCCAGCAUAUCUUGUUAUAAUCAAGGGAACACGUAUGUGGUCUGCCUCGGAGACACAGGAAUAUUCUGAUUUGGAUAUUCUCCAAAUGAUUGGUAGGGCAGGGAGACCUGACUUUGAAUCGGAAGGAUGCGGUAUUAUAUUAACAGAUAUUUCAAUGAAGUCCAAAUACAUAAAUUUGGUUAAUGGUACAGCGAACUUAGAAAGCUCAUUACAUUUAGAUUUGAUAGAGCAUUUGACCGCCGAAAUUUCUUUAAAAACUAUUAUUUCAACAAAGACAGCAGUGAAAUGGCUGAAAAAUACCUUUUUAUACGUAAGGUUCUGUAGAAAUCCUUCCAGAUAUUCACAAAUACAUAAAUUUAAGAAACAAAGUUCAGGUAAUGAUUUUCAGUUAUUUCAAUUUUGCCAAAUGUUAUUAGAUGAGUUAGAGGCCAACGAAAUUAUAGAGAAAAUUUGUGACGAAUAUUGCUGCACAAGUUUUGGAAUGGCUAUGGCGCGUCAUUAUAUAUAUUUUGAUUCUAUGAAAAGCUUCAUUAAAUCAAGAGACUCAUUAGGCAUUCAAGAAGUUUUGAAUUUAUUAGCGCGUUCCAAAGAGUUUGAUGAGGUCCGAGUUAGGCAUAUUGAAAAGAGAUUAUACAAAGAAAUCAACCUGUCACCUUUAAUUAGGUAUCCAUAUCUAACAGAUAAAAAACAGAGUCGGAUAAUCGAUAGUACUUAUCAAAAGGUUUCAUUGAUAAUACAGUAUGAAUUGGGUGGACUUGAAUUUCCAUCUUAUCCAGGUUCUUUAAAACUUCACCAAAGUUUAGUUCAAGACAAAAUGUCGAUUUUUAGACAUAGUUUUAGAAUAAUGAGAUGCAUGAUUGAUACUUUUAUUGCGAAAAAAGAUGGUAUUUCUUUAAAGAAUUCUUUAUUUUUAUUAAGAUGCAUCACGGGAUCAUGCUGGGAAGAUUCUCCAAUGGUUCUUCGACAACUUAAAAAUGUGGGACUGAUUGCUGUACGGAAAUUUGUGAAUCACGGUGUUUCAACAUUAGACGACGUACUUGAUUUAAAUGAGUCCCAAGUUGGAUAUUACUUGAAUAUAAAUCCAACUCAAAGUUUAAAGAUAUUAAAGGACGUCGAGGGAAUUCCAAAGCUAGAAAUAAAUGUUAAAGCUGAAAAAUUCGAUUUCAAAGAUGGAAAGAUUCUAGUUUUUUUAAGAAUAGAAAUUGUGACACAAUACGUCAUGACUCGUUGGCAUGGCCAAAGCUUAACAAUUGAUGUUCAAAUUCUGAAAGAUUCCGGAGAAUUUGUAGAUUUUAGGAGAAUCAAGUUAAUGCAACUCAAAGUAGCCAAAAGUUACAGAAUAUCCACAUUUAUAAAAUCUCAAGAUGACUCUAUCAAAUUUAUAAUGAAUUGCCAAGAGAUUGCAGGUAUCGGGAAAGAAUAUAUAUUCAAUGAAAAUGACAUACCUCGAGGGGUAUUUCAUGAUCACAGAUUUAAUUCAAAAUUUAACAAAUCAAGAAACUGUGCUAGAAGUACAAUUGAAGAAAUAGAAAGAGAUAUCUUCUCGUCUUCGGAUGACAGUCUAGUGUCUUAUUUAAAUGAAAACAAAUCGAAUAUAAACAAUUCUUCAGUUGUCGCAGCAAAGAAUGAAACUGUUACUUUGCAUGGAAUAGAAGAUAUAUAUGAAAGGAGAAAAAUAAAAUUUAAUGGAAACUAUGAAUGUAAUCAUGUUUGUAAAGAUAAACUUGUAUGCCGUCAUUUGUGUUGCCGGGAAGGCAUUCCAGUUAAUUAUAUGAAGAAGAGAACAAAUAAUGAUAUUAAGCAAAUAGACAGAACAACAAUUUCAGCUAAUACAAAAGAAUCUAGAGUCAGUGAUACCUGUAAGAAAGAUGGUUCAACAUCAGAUUCAUACAAAUUCAAAACCAAAUCAAAUAUUUUGAAUUCUGAAAUGGUCGAUGAGGAUACAAAAUUGCAGAUGAGAAAUAGUACUCCCGAAUUAGACUCUUCCUCUAGUAGUUCACAGGACCUAAUUUCAUGGAAUAAAACCAAUGACAAUGAAAGGCACUGUAUUCAGGAUGUUAAUAUAAAGAAAGGAGGUGAUAUUUUUCACAAUGAACCCUCUGAUUUGUCUUCUGAAAUUAAUGAAAAUUUAAGUAAUAACAACCUUAAUUUCUUAGGUUCUGACAUCGAAUUUGACUGA